AUGCGCUACACAUUGGCUCCGGCUAUUCUAGCCCUUGUCUCGCAAACACUCGGAGCUACCAUUGGCACUCGUCAGAAUUCCGAGGUCCCCAAAACCGACUUCGACGCAAUCAUUGUGGGCGGUGGCCCCUCUGGUCUCAGUGCGCUCAGCGGCUUGGCACGCGUGAGAAGAAAUGUCCUCCUUAUUGAUUCUGGAGUCUAUCGCAACGGACCGACCCGGCAUUUGCAUGACCUUAUCGGUCUCGACGGUCUGACCCCAGCAUAUUACCGCUGGCUUGCGCGAGAGCAGCUCGCUUACUACAACACUGUCGAAUUGACCAACGGCACUGUGACCAAGAUUGAGCCUCAAGAGAAUAACACUUACUUUCGUGUGAUCACAGACAACCGGGAACCUGUUACAGCCCGGAAGAUUGUUCUUGGAACGGGUCUGCGGGACAUUUUGCCAGAAACCCCUGGCAUUCGCGAGAAUUGGGGGAAGGGUAUUUUCUGGUGCCCCUGGUGCGAUGGUCAUGAGCAUGCGGAUCAGGGACUAGGUCUUCUAUCCAGCUUGGAGUCAGUCGCUGGCUUAGUCCGGGAGGUUGCAAGCCUCAACAAGGAUGUUGUUGCCUUUGUGAACGGCACAGACACCCCAGAGACGCGCGCUCUAGCUGAGAAGAACUUUCCGGACUGGGAGAAGUACCUCGAGCUGAAGAAGGUGAAGGUUUACAACAGCACCAUUGAGCGCCUCGAGCGUCUGCAGAACGCUACUCUUGGUGACCCAAGUCUGCCUACCUACCCAGAGCAUGAUAAGUUCCGUGUGCACCUGGCCGAUGGAGAGAAGGUCGAGAGAGAUGCAUUCCUCACCAACUACGAUGAUGAACAAGCGAGCACAGUUGGCCCUGACCUAGGUGUUCGGUUGGAUGGCGGACGCCUGGCCGCUGACAAUUCGAAGGGCCUAGCGACAAACAUUCCCGGUGUAUAUGCCAUUGGGGACGCUAAUGCCGAUAAUGUGACCAACAUCCCGCAUGCUCUUUUCACCGGCAAGCGUACCGCUGUCUAUCUCCAUGUGCAACUUGAGCGCGAGAAUGCACUUGCUGAACUUGAAGCUUACAAGGGAAACCAAACACUGGCCGAGAGAGAUUUCAGCGACGACGAUCUUCGUGCUGUGUGGAAGCGAAUGAACGGCGAGCCAGGCGACUUGCUAUACGCUGGCGAAUACCGUCAGUAA